AGUUUCCGGUCGGGGAGGUCCUGCUUCCUGCCGUAGCAAGUGUAUCUCCUUUUUAGCACGUGGCGCUCGCUUUUAGCUUCGGAGCUUCUGAGUGGUUUGCGAGGCGGGCAUCUGCCGAAAGGCGGUUUGAUGGGCGGCGGGUAGGACUGUCCCUGUGGGGUUCCUGUUCCAGCGCUGCGCGGACGGCCUCCCCGGGCGUCGAGGCUUUGCGCGCUUCCGUCAUGGACUACCGGCGGCUGCUGAUGAGUCGGGUGGUCCCGGGGCAGUUCGACGACGCGGAUGCCUCCGACAGUGAAAGCAUUGACUUGAAGACCAGCAGAGAACAAGAUGGUGUUCUGUUUGAAGACCUGCACAGUGUGUCUGAGAAGACGGGGGAAGGUGAGAUGGAGGAGGAGGAGGAGGAGGAGGAGGAGGCGUCCGAUGAUGAUGACGACUGGGACUGGGAUGAUGGAGUUGGGAGGUUCACCAAGAGUUGCAUCUCAAAUGCAAGGAGUAACCCCCAGGCAAAUCGACAGACUUCCAAUUGCAAUUCAGCCAAAAUGUCUACUCCAGCAGACAAGGUCUUACGGAAAUUUGAGAAUAAAAUUAAUCUAGAUAAGCUAAAUGUUACUGAUUCUGUCAUAAAUAAAGUCACUGAAAAGUCUAGACAAAAGGAAGCAGAUAUGUAUCGCAUCAAAGAUAAGGCGGACAGAGCAACUGUGGAACAGGUGUUGGAUCCUAGAACACGAAUGAUAUUAUUCAAGAUGUUGACUAGAGGAAUCAUAUCUGAGAUAAAUGGCUGCAUAAGCACAGGAAAAGAAGCGAAUGUGUACCAUGCUAGCACAGCAAACGGAGAGAGCAGAGCAAUCAAAAUUUACAAAACUUCUAUUUUGGUGUUCAAAGAUCGGGAUAAGUAUGUAAGUGGGGAAUUCAGAUUUCGUCAUGGCUAUUGUAAAGGAAACCCCAGAAAAAUGGUGAAAACCUGGGCAGAAAAAGAAAUGAGGAACUUAAUCAGGCUAACCACGGCGCAGAUCCCAUGCCCAGAACCUAUCCUGCUGAGAAGUCAUGUUCUUGUCAUGGGCUUCAUUGGUAAAGAUGACAUGCCAGCGCCACUGUUGAAAAACGUCCAGUUAUCAGAAUCCAAGGCUCGGGAGUUAUAUCUACAGCUCAUCCAGUAUAUGAGAAGAAUGUAUCAAGAUGCCAGACUCGUCCACGCAGAUCUCAGUGAAUUUAACAUGCUGUACCAUAGCGGAGGUGUGUACAUCAUUGACGUUUCUCAGUCCGUAGAGCAUGACCACCCACAUGCCUUGGAGUUCUUAAGAAAGGACUGUGCCAACGUCAACGAUUUCUUUCUGAAGCACAGUGUUGCCGUGAUGACUGUGCGGGAACUCUUUGAAUUUGUCACAGAUCCGUCCAUCACACAUGAGAACAUGGACGCUUACCUCUCAAAGGCCAUGGAAAUAGCAUCUCAAAGGACCAAGGAAGAACGGUCCAGCCAAGAGCAUGUGGAUGAAGAGGUAUUUAAGCGAGCAUAUAUUCCUAGAACCUUGAAUGAAGUAAAGAAUUAUGAAAGGGAUAUGGAUAUCAUGAUGAAAUUGAAGGAAGAGGACAUGGCCAUGAAUGCCCAACAAGACAAUAUUCUGUACCAGACGGUUACAGGAUUGAAGAAAGAUCUGUCUGGAGUUCAGAAGGUCCCUGCACUUCUAGACAGUCAGGCUAAGGGAGAGGCUUGUUCCGAUUCAGAAGAUGCUAGAAGCUCUGAGUGUUCUGACACAGAGGCUGAAGAGCAGGAAGACCAGGCCUGCUCCAGGAAACCCAAUGUUGACACCGAAGUUGAUAAAAAGGAAAGAAAGAAGAUGGUCAAGGAAGCCCAGAGAGAGAAAAGAAAAAACAAAAUUCCAAAGCAUGUGAAAAAAAGAAAGGAGAAGACAGCCAAAAUGAAAAAGGGCAAAUAGAACGAGAACUCGUGACAUAGAAUAAUCUUCCAUUAGUCGCUUUUCCCGCCCGCGCAAUGAGCUGCGUCUGGAAGGGAUUCUCACGGUGGUGUCGCGAAGACGGGGUCACGUGUUCUCAUGUAAUCAUGUAACAAGCUCUAAGCUCUACUGUCUAGAGCCUCUCACUGCCUCCGGGUGGUACUGACAGAGGAUUUAUUUAAACUACUAUUUUAAUGAAAAGCUUUAUAUAAUUUUAUUUUUAUAUGUAUUUUUUUCUCCUGCAAUGUGUUUUUGGAAGCAUCAUGAAUGUUUAAAUGUGACCAGCAUCCGUAGUCUAAACGCAAACGUCAAGGCACUCUGGACAGACUUGGGCAGAUCGUUUUCGCUUUGCUCUUACCUACUGCCAGGGACCCAUCUGAAAUCCCCUGAUCCCAGGGCCACAGUUUCUGUAGAAGAGAGUUUCACCUGUAAGAGGAUUCAGUUGGCUCUUGAUGUCAUCAUCCACAGGGACUCUGUGCUGUUGCUCGUUUGGGAUGCCAUUACUGCUCGCCUUUAUUACUCUCUUGAGUGAAGACAUCGCAGUCCAUGAGCUAUUUCACAUCAGCUCUUUGGCCUGUUCGCUCAUUCAUCGAAUAUUUGAGUGUUUUAGGUGCUAGGGAUACAACAGUAAACAAAACUGAAAAAUUACCAUCUUCAGGUACUUUACAUUUUGAAAGCAAGACAUUCAACAGAUAAGUAAAAAAAACCAGUAUCAGUAGGGGGUAAAUUCUGUGGUGAGAAAUAAUGGUGAACAGAGAGAAUGCUGGGGAGGUGGGAGUUUGCAGUUGAAAAACAGGCCACACCGAGCGGCUACAUUCGAGCAAAUACUUGAAGAACGUGAGUCAUGUGCGUAUCAGGAGAGAGGAGUGUUCCGGGCAAAGCAAACAGCAAAUGUAAAGCCCCCGAGGCAGAAGUGUGCCUGAAAUGUUCCAGAAACAAGAGGUUCCCAUAACCGAGAAAGAGAUUGCGUGGUGCGAGGCUCUUAGAGGGUUUCGAGCAGAGGAAUGAUAUGCUCUGACUUAUGUUUUGGAAGACUCUCGCUCUCUCUGGCCUUGGUGGGGACCUGAGUCGGAAGCGAGGGUGGGAGACAGGGGUCGGUUACUAUAGUAAUGCACGUGCGAGCUGGCGAUGGCUCCCUUCUCGGGGUAGCAGCACACAUGACAGGGGCAUGAUUCUGGUUUAACAGAGUGGAGCGAACUGGAUGCGCUAAGGGAAUAUGGGAGGCGUAUGACUGAGGGACGGUGUCAGGGUUUAUGACCCACGCGACUGCGAGACUACCGCAGUUGUCACUUCCGGUGCUGGGAAGCUGUGUGGCUGGGGCAGGAUUGGCGGUAAGCUUCCAUUGCAGCAGAGCACGGAAGUCCAAAGAAUUGAUCAACUUUUAAUUUUUCUUACCGUAUAUUUUCUAUUGGAAAUCCUACUUUAGCCCUUGCAUCAGAAACAAUUGCUGCAAAUAAACUGAGUCUCCCUGAAA